UGUGUUACCAGGGCGGUCACACUGCAGUCCACACCCAAACAGCAAACCAAACAAACAUUUCCGCAGGAAUCCAGCGAAAUUCCAAUAGAAUUUCCCACUCAAAGGAUGCAAAAACCAUCCCACUUCGCACGCGAGGAUUCCCACGAGCACCUGCCCACCAGUCACACCCAAAACAGCCACACAGUGAACAUGAAGAGGCGCACACUAUCCGGAAGUUGUGGCGUUGGCGUCUUCGUGUUCGCCUUUGCCUUCAUCGUGAUUGCAUUUGCAACGCCCAGUUGGUUGGUCAGUGAUUACCGCAUCACGGGUGCCAAGCUGGAUCGCCUGGGACUGUGGGUGCACUGCUUCCGGUCGCUGCCGGACGUGAACGACGACAGCCAGCGGAGGUUCUUCGUGGGCUGCCGUUGGGUGUAUGACCCAUUUACCACGGGCUACGAUGAGAUCCGUGGAUUUCUGUUGCCCGCCUUCAUGAUAGCUACUCAGUUCUUCUACACUUUGGCCUUCAUCGGGAUGUUGGUCUCAGCCAUCGGAGUACUGGUCUUCAUCCUGUGCGCUGGUCCGGAUCAAAAGCACUUUAUUACGCUCAUUAAAUCUUUGGGAUAUGUGCUUCUCGGUGCUGGAGUAAGUGCGGCCAUUGCAGUGAUCGUAUUCGCUGGAUUUGGCAACCGGAAUGGCUGGAUGCCGGAGCAUGCGAACAAUUGGUUUGGCUGGUCCUUUAUCCUGGCAUGUGUGGGUACUGUGUUAACCCUGGUGGCGUCUACUUUGUUCCUCAGUGAAGCCCACGUGCAGCACAAGAAGAGAAUUCAGUUCAAGGAAUCUCAGACGCGAUUUGAGCUGGUGCGCGGAUAGUCGACGUCGUGGCAGCUGGCACGCUUGCACCAAGGAAAACACAAGCCAACCAAGAGGAAAACAAAACAAAAACAUUCCGUCCCCUCAAAGAAUUCUCACCCUAAACAUUACAGUCGAACUUCUCUAAGGCGAAACAUUCUAACUUACAGUUUCUGAAAGCGCACGUUUUUAAUGUUGUUUAAUGUUUUGUUUUUUACUUACUGUAAUGGUAUCCAUGUGCAUAGGCAAUUGUUAAAGUGUUCAUGUCGGUUUAUGUUGGUUUAAAUGGUUUAAAGAAUUCUUCAACCGCUGAAAAUAAGCGAGAAACUAAAAAGUUAUAUUUGAAAAUUUUUAACGACCAAAGUUAUUUUGGAUAAAAAAUAUUUUUCGCCAUAUAUUCAUCGCUUCUCACUAACAUACAUAAACAAAUUAAUUUUAGUUCAGAGAAGUUCGACUGUACUCGUAGUUUUUAAUUUAAAAAGUUUAUGCAAUUGACGGCCGCACCGAGUCACAAGCUUUCAGUUUUUGGUACUUAUAAUCAUCCAUCCAAUCGACCAGAUCAGUUCCAAAAGAAGACUGAAUGUUUUUCCGAAUGAAAACCAGAACCAAGCACAUCAAACGAAGACGCUCAAACAGAUGACUCAUGUUCAUGUAGAGUAUUCUGCAGUAUUUGCAUAUCAAUUUUCGCUCAAUUAACGCCCAGACACAACAGCAUACCCCUCCGCAAUUGUACGUUUUUUUUUUAGAAAAAGUCGCAGGCUAGUCGGAACUAGCAUCGAAAUAUUACACUCGUGCCUUAAUUAGAUAAAACUAUUAUGGUGUAGUUCGUAGUGCCUGAAAACAAAUUGUUGUUAUAAACAUACCUGAAACGACUGACCUGCGACUAACCAUAGAGAUCAUUGAAUUGCAUAAACUUCGGCUAAGCUAGUGCCUUAAUUAAGUGACCCAUAGAAAGGUAAGCGAAACUCCGCCCAUUAGUUUUAAGAACAAAACAUUCCCUUUUGAACUCGAAUAUUCCGCACAAGUUACCUUCUUUUAAAGGUAACAAUUAGGUCUGUAUUAAUAAUCCGUCCUUUGCACUUGUACUUGUAUUUGUAGCAUGUUCUUAACCGAGAAUUUAGCUAUGUAUUAAAGCAAUACAUACGUCUUUUACCCUCCCAUAUACAAUAAUAUGUGUAACAUUUUUAUGUACAAACGACUUUUAGCUAAAGCGAAGAAUAAUAAAGUUUUUAUUGUAUACAACA